AUGAAGCUAGGAAGCAUUCUCCUACUUGUGGUUGCUUUGAUUUCUCUCUUCAACCUUAGCUAUGGAUCUGGUAUAGAACCCAAUGUCAAAUUUUGCCCUAAAGUUCUUACAGGAUUGAGUGGUGACUGCCUACAUGCUCAACGUGACUGUAAUGCUGAAAUGAAUGCAAGGUUUAAAGGUGGUCAGGCUCGUCGUUGUAGAUGUGACACUACUGUUAAUACACACACAUGCUCAUGUUGUAUACUUUGUGGAUUAAAUGAGCAUGAGAAUAAUGAGCUAGAUGAUGAUACUCAAUGCUAUUAA